AUGUCCGAGAAGGCGUCCGGGGAACGCGAGGGGCCGGCGCCGGCCGGCGCAGUGACCAUCAGCGACGUCAAGGAGCUGAUGCGGCGCAAGGACGAGAUCGAGGCGCAGAUCAAGGCCAACUACGACGUGCUGGAGAGCCAAAAAGGCGUUGGGAUGAACGAGCCCCUGGUGGACGGGGAGGACUACCCCCGGGCCGACGUGGACCUGUAUCAAGUCCGGACCGCCAGGCACAACAUCGUCUGCUUACAGAACGACCACAAGGCGAUAAUGAAGCAGGUGGAGGAGGCCCUGCACCAGCUGCAUGCCCGGGACAAGGAGAAGCAGGCUCGGGACAUGGCCGAGGCCCAGAGCGAGGCUGCCAGCUGCCGGCCGGACCAGGGCCCCCACCCCGCGCAGGCCUUCGCCAAAGUGAACAGCAUCAGCCCCGGUUCCCCAGCCAGCACGGCGGGUCUGCAGGUGGAUGAUGAGAUUGUGGAGUUUGGCUCAGUCAACACCCAGAACUUCCAAUCACUGCAGAACGUGGGGGACGUGGUGCAGCACAGCGAGGGGAAGCCGUUGAAUGUGACAGUGAUCCGGAGAGGAGAGAGGCACCAGCUUAGACUUGUCCCAACGCGCUGGGCAGGCAAAGGACUGCUGGGCUGCAACAUUAUCCCUUUGUAG